CGCAUCUUUUGCGUUCCGUGUGUUCGCGCUUCUUCGUCCAAGCUCACUUGCUCAGAACUGCAGCCAGCGGUCGGUCCACAGGUCGGUCAGUCAGCGGAUCCCUUCCAAGACACACGUCUGUCGGCAGCAGCGGUUCCCUCCCUUCCUCAUCACUCACGUCACAUCGCAUCGCAUCACCGCCAGUCAGUCAGUCAGUCAGUCAGCAUGUCGAGUUGGGAUGACGACGACUUCGACGUCGACCCGGCCGGCGUCGCAACAAAGAAGAUCAACGAGGAGGAGGAGGACGUCCUGGACGACUGGGAGCAGCACGACGACCAACCCACCGCACCAGCCGCACCAGCACCGCCACCGUCAGCGUCAGCGUCAGCCCAGCCAGCCAGCAACGGCACCCUCCCCGCCAAGAGCAAGCCACCAGCCAAGAAGGAGCCGGCGGAGGAGGCCUAUGUCGCCCUGGACGAUCCACUCGCCGAGAAACUGAGGCGGCAGAAGCUCGAAGAGCAGUCCAACGACAUCUUGGCGGCCGACCUGUUCGCCGGCUGUCCCCGUCCAGAUCCGUCAUCAGGGAGGGGUGGGGAGGGCAACUCGACGGCAGCGUCAACCUCUGCGGCCGACGGUGUCAAGGAGAGGGGUAAGGCCACCAAAGUGGGAGGAACUGGGAAGGACAAGGGCGUGGCCAAGGACCUCUUCGACGACGUGUCCUUCAAGAGCACCAAGGACCUCGAGGCCUUCGCAGCCAAGCUGAGCGACAAGAUCGUGGCCAGCCCGGUCAAGUCGGCGGGGUGGUUCCGCUUCCUGGACUUGGUGCUGCGUGACGCCCAGGGCAAGCUGGACGCCAAGGACUGCAAGAAGCUGAUAUCGAAGCUCAACGAGUACAUCUCGCUCAAGGAGACGGCCAAGCGGCAGGCCGAGGACGCCAAGAAGAAGCCCAACAAGGUCAAGAUGGACGCCAAGGACGAGAUGGACAUCAUGUAUGGCGAGGGUGCCGAGGAGGAGUACGAGGAGGACGAUGAGGAGUACUACAAGGACUUUAUGUAGGGCGGGAGGGGGACUGGGCACCACCCAACCAAAUCCAUCCGGUGAGCGAGCAGGCAGACACAAGGCAAGGCGGGGAGGGGAAGCGUCGUGUGCAUGGCAUGUUGGGUUGGGUGUGGUGGUGGUGUUUGUGUGUCAGGUUUUCCUCUCGUAACAGCUUGAUUUGCUAGUGGGACGUGUCGGCCAUCCUUCCACGUAUCCAUCCAUCCAUUCAGCUAUCGCUCUCGUGCCUUUCUUGUCUACCUACCUCCCCUGACAGCUGUACAGGCGUCGAUCUUGCUUUUUCAACCAAUCUGCACCGUGCGCCAGGUGCUGCUGCGCGCCUCCUACAUCCUCGUGCUGCUACUUCGGGGCGGCUCUCAGGGCACUGAGUGCCGCCUUGUAGUAGCAGCAGGAGAGUGCAGGAGGCAGCAGCAGACAGAGCACCUUUGUGUCGUGUGCAGCUAGCUGACUGUGAGGUGUUUGCUCGUCCGUCUGUUGAUCGAUCUGGGUGGCUGCAUAGCUACUCGUCAUGACCAUGACUACCUGACUCUCUCGUCCGUCUCUCUCUCUCUCUCUCUCUCUCUCUAUCUCUCUGUGUAUGUGCUCCCAAUGGCGAUGUCAGGUGCUGGAUGGAUGGCUGGAUGGCUGGCUGGCUGCACGUCUCUUGGUUGGCAGGUUUUGUUGUCUGUCUGGCUUGUCCAUCGAGCAUUUUUGGGAUGGGCUCUUCUCGAUUGCGGUGUUUGGUCUGGCUGCUCUUGCUUGGCCUUGACAGCCACUCAUUGGGCGCUUUGCACAGCGCCCGUGGGUAAGAUGUCAUGGCCCUGCCUGGGCAACCAGACAGAGAGCACCGGUCGGUCGAGAGAGACGAGAACGGACUACAGAUGAGGGAGGAAGGUGUGUGGAUGUCGUGUGGGUGGCCCGUCAUCCAUCCUGUGCCUCCGUGUGUGCGUGGUUCCAUGGGUUGCAUGUCAAAUCGAGACCUUUCUGUGGUGGUGUUGCGUGUCGUGAUCCAUCUUGACCCAUCAACACAUUUCAUGUACCCAUCCGAUGGCCAAUAAAUGAACCAAUGCAUUCGUGU